UAAACGUGAUUCAUCGAUGAUUAUCGAUGAUAUCGAUCGGUCUGAUCUGAGGUGUGUCCGCGAGCCGCCAUGUUCUCCCGUGACGUCAUCAAACGGGAAGUGAUCUGUUGUCCUCGCUGCUCGGCUGCGGAGCGCGACACCUCUUCCUCCUCCUCUUCGUCAUCUUCCUCCUCACGGACCAUGGACGGGAGGCGUUUCCUGAGUCUCUCAGCUGAUCUGAGAACAUGAGCGGAGACGACCUGUCGACAGCGGAUGGCCCAGAUAGGCUCUGUGUUUCUGAGCGUGCUCAGUGCGCCCCGUCUCGGGUCCUUCACCUCCGUCAGCUUCCUGGUGACGUCUCUGAACAGGAAGUGCUCGCUCUGGGGCUUCCCUUCGGCCGAGUGAGUAAACUGAUCACACUGAGGAGCAAGAACCAGGCUUUUUUGGAGAUGGCCUCAGAGGAAGCAGCUGUUACCAUGGUGAACUACUACACCACGGCCACGCCCACAGUCAGGAACCAGCCAGUCUUCAUUCAGUAUUCUAACCACCGCGAGCUCAAGACCGACAAUCUGACCAAUCACCGAGCUCAGGCAGCACUGCAGGCCAUCACUGCUGCAGCGGUGCAUUCCGGGAGCAUGGCGGCCGGAGGGGAAGGGCGGGGCCUAGCCCCGGGUCAGAGUCCCGUCCUGAGGAUCAUCGUUGAGAAUUUAUUUUACCCAGUGACGCUGGAGGUUCUGCAGCAGAUCUUCAGUAAAUUUGGCUCCGUGUUGAAGAUCAUCACGUUCACCAGGAACAACCAGUUUCAGGCUCUGUUGCAGUUCAGUGACGCCGUGCACGCUCAGCACGCCCAGGCUUCUCUGGACGGUCAGAACAUCUACAACAGCUGCUGCACGUUGAGGAUCGACUUCUCCAAACUGAGCUCGCUCAACGUCAAGUACAACAAUGAUAAGAGCCGCGACUUCACCAGAGGCGACCUGCCCACGGGGGAGAUGGAGCCCGCCGCCGCCUUCGGUGUCGCGCUCUCUCCAUACGGAGCAGCAGCGUUUCCUCCGACCUUCCACCAGCACACGGGGUUGACGAUGGCGACCAUCCCCGGCUCGUUGGUGUCUUCUCCCCGUGUCUCUCUGCAGGUGGCGCCACCUGCUGUCCACUCGGUGCUGCUGGUGUCCAACCUGAACCCAGAGAGCGUCUCUCCUCAUGUUCUCUUCAUCCUGUUCGGUGUGUAUGGGGAUGUUCAGAGAGUGAAGAUUCUCUUCAACAAGCAAGAGAACGCUCUGGUCCAGAUGAGUGACGCGACUCAGGCUCAACUUGCGAUGAGUCACCUGAAUGGCCAGCGUCUCCACGGUAACGUGAUCCGGGUGACGUUGUCCAAACACCCGGUGGUGCAGCUGCCCCGCGGGGGGGCGGGGGAAGAGGAGCAGGCGCUGACCCGUGACUUUUCAGGCUCCGCCCUCCACCGCUUCAAAAAACCCGGGUCCAAAAACUUUAACAACAUUUUCCCUCCGUCGGCGACGCUGCACCUGUCGAACAUCCCCUCCACGGUCAGCGAGGAGGUGUUGAAGGAUUUGUUUUCCACUGGUGGAUUCCCCGUCAAAGCCUUCAAGUUUUUCCAGAAAGACAGGAAGAUGGCUCUGAUGCAGCUGGCAUCGGUGGAAGAGGCCGUCGAGGCGCUGAUCGCUCUGCAUGAUCAUCAGCUGGACCACAACCAGCACCUGAGGGUCUCCUUCUCCAAGUCCACCAUCUGACCUGGCCCCUGGGAGGCUCCGUGGGAGACCCCGUCUGUCGACUUCAGGGAUCCUGAUUGGUCCACGCUGAGAACACACUGAUGCACCAACGGAUGGUCACCGUGGUUACAGAGCACAUUCCUGAGCAACCUGAGUAGCAAUGAACUCUGGGUAAUGGAGUCCACGAUGUGAGUUCAACUGGUUUUAAGUAAUGUGAUGCAGAAGAAAAAAAUCAGGAAACUCUUUUUUUAAAGUUACAAAGAAACAUUUUCAAAGUAAAAGCCCCAAAAAAUAAUGUUCAUAUUUUCAUGUAGUUGUGAAUCAUCAGCACAUGAAACGAUUUGGUCUUUUUAUUUAUUCACUUUCACAUUUCAUCAUUUUACUGUGAACAACUUCUGUUGGUAACCAUGACAAUGAUGAUUAUUGUGCCUUAUUUUUCUGAACGACUCUAGUUGUUUACGUCUCGUUGAUCUCGUUCCUUUAUUGUUGAUUUAUUUUCUGGGAGGUUUUUAAUCAUGAAUCAUGAUCGUCUACUGGCCCUGCCCACCUGUCCUACCUGACCUGUGAUUGGUUGAUGGUCUGAUGUCACAUGCUCUAAUUUUUUAUUAAAAUAUAUUUUGUUCAUAUUCAUCUCCAUCAUCAAGCAAACGAGUCGUUUAAUUUUCUCCAGAUUUUUGAUUUUUUUCAAACAGGAAGCUGCCAAAUCCCAGUUUGCCUUCUGACCUCUGACCUUCCCACUGACUGGAUUCAAGGUCAAAGUGUUUGUUGUUUCAUAUCAAACGUCCGUCGGCACAAACACAGUUCAAUAUUCAAUUUAAUUCAAUUUUUUCUUUUUUAAAAUAAAAAUCAUUUGUUUGUUUGUUAAAAACAACAAUAAACAUUUGUGAUGAUAAAGUCUAUAAAUGGGGGGGGUCACACCAAGCCAAAGUGUCUGUGCCUUUAAUUGGACCAAUUCAUUUUCUCAUUAUGACAUCACUUCCUGUUUAAAAAGUUUCUACUUGUAACUUUGAUUUGAACCUGUUUAGAUUUGUCUAUCAGAUCUGUGACAUCAUAUCCUGUAUGCAAAUAUGUAACUGUGCGACUCAUCACACCCACCUGUCAAUCAAACCAAACCAGACGAACUGGUUGGUCAGUUUGAACACGCUGCUGUUAAUGUGUUACAUGUAAAACGUUAACGUUGCGUGACUCGUCGCAGGAGGACGUGACCUUUGUGACCUAUGUAGUUUGAAUGUGAUUUGACUUAUGACUCAUGAAAUACUUGUACUUUUGUACAUACAUGUUAUUAUGGUACUUUUUAAAAUACUCAUGUUCAGUAGCUUGUUACUCGUGUUGCAACAUUUUAUACUUGUACGUAUUUUAAACCUGAUACAGACGCAAACAUGUACUUGUACAUGUACUUGAGUUACUUCAGUACCACCUGUAAUUAUAACAUUAAAUACUUUUAUACGUGACAGAACUUGUAUGUUCAUGUUGCACACGUUACUGCAUGUUACAUGUUAGUGACACGUUACAUGUUAGUAACACACUACAUGAGGGUCAAGUGGCGUGACGGUGAAGCCUUUUCGUUUUGUAAGGCUGAUGAAUGUAAAGUACUUGUGGUGCAUUGUGGGAGAAGGUGGGAUUAUUAUUAUUGUUGAUAUUUUAUGAAUAUGUGGGGGGGUAGAAUUUUUAUUUAUUUUGAGUGUGAAGAAAGUUGUAGCAUGAAUCACUAAAUAAAUUAAACAUCUGACAA